AUGCUUCAGCUUUGGAAACUUGUUCUCCUAUGCGGCGUGCUCACUGGGACCUCCGAGUCUCUUCUUGGCAAUCUUGGCAGUGACCUAAGCAAUGUCGUGGAUGAGCUGAAACCUAUUCUUCAGGAUGGACUUGAGACAGUUGACAAUACUCUUAAAGAUGUCCUUGAGAAACUGAAGGUCGACCUAGGGGUGCUUCAGAAAUCCAGUGCUUGGCAACUGGCCAAGCAGAAGGCCCAGGAACCUGAGAAAUUGUGGAACAAUGUCAUUUCUAAGCUGCUUCCAACUAAUACGAACACUUUGGGGUUGAAAAUCAGCGACUCCCUCAUCCUGGAUGUCAAAGCUGAACCAAUCGAUGAUGGCAAAGGCCUUAACCUGAGCUUCCCUGUCACCGCGAAUGUCACUGCGGCCUUGCCCAUCAUUGGCCAGAUUAUCAACCUGCAAGCUUCCUUGGACCUCCUGACUGCAGUCAGCAUUGAAACUGAUCCCCAGACACAUCAGUCUGUUGCCGUCCUGGGAGAAUGCGCCAGUGACCCAACCAGCAUCUCACUUUCCUUGCUGGACAACCACAGCCAAAUCAUCAACAACGUCGUGAAUAGAGUGACCAACACACUGAAAAGCACCAUAUCCUUCCUGGUGCAGAAGGAGAUAUGCCCACUGAUCCGCAUCUUCCUCCACUCCCUGGAUGUGGAAUUCAUUCAGCAGAUCAUUGAUAAUCUUCAGCAGGAAACCCAGCUGCAAACCCACAUCUGAAGAGGAUGAAUGACGAGGACCACUGUGAUGCCUGCUGAUUGGUUCCCAGUGGCUUGCCCCACCCCCUUAUAGCAUCUCCCUCUGGGAAGCUGCUGCCACCACCUAACCAGCAUGAAAGCCUAAGUCCCACCAGAGGGACCUUCCCAGAUGCCCCUCCUGCUCACAGUCAGAACAGCAGUUUCUACACAUACUCUCCUGCCCCUGGCAAUAAAGGCCCAUUUCU